AUGAAUGCCUCCGUUUACAUAGCUCUGUUUAUUUCUGUUUUGUUCUCUGUAGAACUCACCAUUUCAUCUGCCGUGGGACAGUUGGAAGAAAGCAAGGUUCUGCAGAAUGACUUUAACCAAGAAAUGUUGGCAAACGCUGGUCUACCAAAGCGGUCUUCAGGCUUGUUCAAACCCUACCAGCUCCAGCAGCCGGACAAAGAUUUAGGUUUUGGAAUGGACCCCAAAAUUAUUCAACCACGCUUUAUGGCUGCUGGCCAGAGAUUAUUUAAACGACUUUUCACCUUGCAUGAGCCAAUGAAAAAGCCUCUGUACCUGUCAGCCAAGAGGAUGGAUGCUCCUGAAAACUCCAAUCAACUGGAACAGUUUGAGGUGUUAGAGGCACAUCAAGCCAAUAACGAUGGAGAAAAUGGAGCUCUGCUUCCUGUGGGAAGGAGAGAUUUUGAUAUGCUCCGCUGCAUGCUGGGAAGAGUUUAUCGACCCUGCUGGCAAAACUGA